GCGUCGUGUUUGCCGGGAACUUGUUUUAGUUGUUUUACUAUCCUUAAAUGUUAAUCUUAGCCUUAAAUGUUAUAAGGAUUAUUAAUUAGUUCUUCGUCAUGGAGAUAGAAUUUACUCAAAAGCUUGAGUGUACCCAGGAGCUUAACACGCAAAUAGAAAGAACUGACCCCGAGCAGAUCGGCUUCCUGGGAAUACAGGGUGCCACAUACCCCGUAAAAAGAGGUCCCAACAAAAUAGGCAGAGACCCACAAACAUGUAGGAUUUACCUGAAUCUGAACUCAAUAUCCAGGCAACAUGCUGUGAUAAACGUCUUGAGCUUGAGCGACAUCAUGCUUAUGGAUUUAGAUUCUUCCAAUAAAACUAAAGUACAAGGUAAAACCUUGCAGCCAUACAUACCUUACCCGCUCAAAAACGGCGACAUGGUCCAGUUUGGCGCCAUAUUCGGUAUGUUCAGGUUGCUGGAGGAUGACAAUGACUUGCCGAUGACACAGGCUAUAGAUCUGCCUUGUACUCCGGCCCCGGUGCCCAAACAAAUGUCGAGGCUGGGGGCUCCGGUUUUGGUGCCAGAGUCACCUGAAGUCAGUGACAUGGAUGACUCCUUUAUAAUGCCAUCACAACCUAAAAAAUCGUCAGAAUUCAAGAGCCCCAUGAACAAAUUUAUAAAACCUUCCAACAAAACUAUUGCUAUACAACCAAUGGGCAGCAAAACUAUAGACAAUGCUUACUGGGCAUCCGCCAAAAAAUCAGACUCAUUUAAUUUCCAAUUAGAUGAUUCUGGAAGUUCUUUCAAUGACUCAUCCGUUUUAAACAAGUCAAAUAAAAUGGUCGAAGAAAGCAAUGAUAAUAUCCAUGAAAUGGAAACCCAGCAGCCUUUUAAAGCUAAUGAUAGUACAGAUUCUAUUUAUACUGCUAAUACGCAAGUAGCUUCGCCUUUCGUACAUUGUAUGGAAACGCAGCCGCCUGUAUUAGAGAUCCAUAUGCAAGACACGCAACAAGCGCCUGACAUUCACGUUCUGGACACACAGAACGUACCUGACACUAUACAUAAUUGUGACACACAAGCUCCAAUCACAGAUAAAUUGCCUGAAAUACGUAAAUUAGAUGACCAGGAAGAUUUACAAAUUGAUCUAUUCUCAGCAAAUAAAGAAAAUGAGAAUAGUUUGGACAAUAUAUUUAAUGAAGAAACGCAAGUGUUUGUUGCAGACAAGGAACUAGCUUUGGUUGAACCAAAGAAAUCUGAGAAUAAUAAUAAAAGUGUUGAUGAAUCAUCUAAAAUUAAGGAUGACUCUGAUGAAGAAAUUGCGUUUGAAGAGCUGAAUACACAAUCAUUCCAUGACGAUUUUGAGUCGCAGCCGAUUAUACCGGCUGGCAAAGUUUCUCCACCAAUAGAGAGAAUAGAAAAGAUUGAAGUAAGCUUAAAUAAAAUAAGACGAGAGUCUGGCAGUUCAACUGAUUGUGAAGAUAUGGAUAUCUUACCAAAUCAAAAAUUAUCAACGGAUAUUGAUAUGUUACCAACCCAAAAGAUUAUAGUCGAUUCGAAAACUGAGAAAAUAAAUAGUGAUAUUGGUGUUCUGCCAACUCAAAAAAUUGUGAAUAAUGAUGAUAAUGACCUAACCGAUUGUGAAGAUGAAGAUGAAUUAGCCAAAAAUGACGCCAAAAUAGUAAACGCUAGCGCGAGCCCGGAUAUAGAUUUUGAAGACAUGGCUACACAAAUAAUCGAUGAUGACGUCAUAGAAGCGGAGAUAAAUAAAACUACUGAUCAAACCGAUGGCACUAGUAAAGGAAUCAGUUUUGACGAGUUGCCCACACAAAUAAUUACAGAUAACUCUAAGGAAGAAAAAUUCGAAGAAUUGCCAACUCAAAUUUUAAUUGAUGAAGGAGAAAUUGAUAAAUCAAAUGAACAGGUUUAUUCUGAAGAAAUGAUUAGUCCUUUUAAAGUUCCUUUCCGAACUCCUUCAAAAGCUAAGAAAACUCCCACGAAAGCGUCAAGUCCAAAAGUUGUAAUAAAUGUUGACGAUGAUGACGAUCCCAACUAUUAUGCAGCCACGCAAGAUUUAUUUAAUGAUCUCUGUAGUCAAAGAGAAUCACCACUAGAUUCUAUUAAAGCAAAUUCGUCAAACCAGAAUGAAAAAGGGGAUGAUGAUGAAUUAGUGCCAUGUUCUGUAGAAGGUUACCAAAUGGGUGAUAGAUUUAGGCACAUAGAAAGUGAAAUGUCGCCAAUCAAAAAAUAUGAGAGUGGAGGUAGUGAUUCUAAACUUAAUAAAAUUACCAAUGAAAAAUCAACUUCAAAUGCUGUACUUAAAACACCCCAAACUCUUAAAAUAAUGAAUAUUGAUCUUCCGGAUAGCCAAGAAAUAAAAACUAGUGUAACUUUAAAACAUAAUUCUAUUACAGAAUCUUCCAGUGACACUGAGGCGGACGAGGUUUCUGAUCAGGACUCGGGAAUCACACACGUUAAGAAGCGGAAACCAAAAGUACAUGCCAAACGAGAUCUCUCUAAGAAGCUCGAAGAAAUACCUUCUAGAGUUAUCACGCGUGUUCGUAAGCCUACUCUUAAAGUACGAGAAUCUCUCCAGAUGGCUGAUAGUGAUGAUAAUAUUGAUGCAGAUAUUGUAAGCGAAAAUAUAUCACGUUUAAAAAGCAAAACUGACAAAAAGAAAGGGAAAGAAGGUGAGCACUCUAAUAAAUUAUUAGACGAGCGAGGAAAAAGGCCUCAUUCACGGAAUGAAAAUAAGAAAAAGGACAAACAAUCUGAAGAGCCUGCAAGUGACAGUAAGGGUAGAAGCAGUCGAUCUAAAACAAAGAAAUUGGAGGAAACUAAAUCAAAAACGGACGAUCAUAAAGACUCUGAUGAUAAAAAAGUUAGGAGUACCCGAAGUACAAGAAAUAUAAAAGAAAACAGUAAAGACGAGAAAUCAAAGGGUAAAGAACAGAAGAGCAAAGAGGAAAAGAAAUCCAAAUCAAGAAGUGAAUCUAAUUCAGGAAAAUAUUCUCAACCUGGGAAUACUUCUAAAUCUAGAGGCGAUUCUAAAACCAGAAGUGAUGCUAAAAACAGAAGUGAUUCAAAAAACAGAAGCGAUUCUAAAAACAGAAGCGAUUCAAAAACGAGAAGUGAUUCAAAAACUAGAAGUAGUAGAAGUACUAAAGAAAACAAAAAAGAUAAACCAAAAGACACAUCAAAGUCCAAAGACAAAACCCCAGAAACGGAAGUACGAAGAAGCUCACGACAAAAAUCUAAUAAAGAAACGCCUAAACAUGAAAACAGUACUGUAUACUCAGAGUCCAGUUCAGAGUCGCCUAAUUUAAAAAGGCAUGCGACGAAUGAGUUGGAAGUGCCAAGUCCCAAAAGGACGAGGUCUUUGCCAAAUUCUAAGAGUACGCCGACAUGUACAGCCAGUACGUCGGUACAGGGUACUCCUGUUAGGGCUGAAGCGCAAUAUGUUUUGUUCACGGCGUUUUCUAAUGAUGAUGUGAGGAGUAAACUCGAGAGUUUAGGAGCAGUAAUAGUAACAGACGUGAUGUCAUGCACAGUACUAGUGACGCUUCAAAUAAAGCGCACGUUCAAGUUGCUGUGCGCGGUGGGGCUCGGGAGGCCCAUCGUCGGCCCCGAGUGGGUGCAGGCCUGCGCCGACAACAACACUGUCGUUGACCCAUGGCUGUACCUAAUAAAGGAUUCACAAGCGGAGAGACGGUUCCAGUUCAGUCUGGAAAAGACCCUAAGGGGCAGAAGGAACUUCCUCGAGGGAUACCAUGUGUCAGCCACGCCCAGUGUGAUGCCUUCUGCGCAGGAGAUGAAACUGAUCGUGGAGUGUUCUGGCGGCGCGUGGCGCGCGUGCGGGCCGCGCUGGGUGUGCGUGACGUCAGCGGCCGACGCCGCGCUGUGGGCCGCGCUGCGCCGCCGCGGGGCGACGCUCGUCUCCACGGAGUUCAUCCUGGGCGGCGUGCUGCGCCAGCGGGCCGACGUCGAGAAUACGGCUUUUAGAAAGUCCGCGGCAAGUGCAGCCAAGAAGAAAGGACCUGAAGACCUUAUAUCCACUACAGCAGCCAAGACACCGACGGGAGAUUUCGUAUGCCCCGAGUGCGGCCGAAGAUGCCAGUCUAGGAUAGGGCUUGCCUCACACGUCAGAUCACACACUAAAGCCUAAGGCCCUUUUGACCAACACGACAAUGGGGUUGGCAACUGUCAAAGGUUUGCAGAGAUGGCGCCGUCGCUUGCCCCAUUUUGUAUGAGAUUUGGCUUAAAGGGCUGGCAUCCAGGGCAUUAAAAAAAAAUUGACAAUUCUAGGAAUUGACAGGGCAAGCUAUGCUGGCGCCAUCUGCUAAUUAUUUCGACCGGCCAAUCCCAUUUUAUCCCUUCAAGUGGCGCCAGCGAAAACGGGAAAAGUAGUCAAGUGGCGCCGCAGAUUUGCGCAAAAGCAGUCACGCGAUGGGGUGGUCAGCGCAGAUUAAGAUAAUUUUACAAAAUCGUCGAUUUAAACAUUUCUAUGUUUUAAAGUACAUAUUAAAGCACAUAUCGUUAGAAUGAGCGUUAAAUAGGCUAUUUGAAUAUAGCAAUUAAAUUAUUAUAAUGUUUAUACAUUUGGCCAGAUCUAAUCAAACUCCGGAAGAAUGACAGUUUUCCAGUUUCCUUGUUAAAAAUUAUUACCACCAUAAAACAAAUGGAUGAUUGGAGAUAAUUGUUAUUUAAUUAUCAAUGUAAGACUUUACCAAGACUUGUAACUUUGUAAGACUUUAUUUUUAAGAUUAAAUCAUUAAAAGAGAUCUAACAUGCUAUUUAUCUUAUAAAACAACCUCUUAAAAAUUAAGACUGAACUCGGACUAUUUUUUUUUUUUUUUUUUUUGUAUUAUAAACUGAUCGGCGAUUGGCCCUAGUCACACCUGAUGGAAAGUGAAGACAGGGCCUAAGAUGGAGCUCACCGGUUCAGUAACAGCCUAUUCACUCUUGUUUUAAAGAGACCGAGGUCAUAUUGAUCAGGGAAUACAGAUGGCGGGAGCGCAUUCCAUUCCUUAGCCGUCUGUACCAAAAAGUAGGCAGUCGCUUUCGAAUGAAUAGUCCACGAAACAAAUUUUAUACCAAGUGUUUUUGUGUUUCUUACGAUAUGUUAUCCUUUUUAACUCGCUACCUAAUUUUAGGCGCUAGAAGACCGUAACUAUACUUAAAUGCGUUUAAUUUCACCUCUACGGCAAUACGUGAUUGGCUACUCACUGAGGACCGACAGUUCACUGGUUUUCGCAUCGACCCGUGAGUGGGCCGCCGUUUACUGCUUUUCGAUCCGACCAUUCACGGGUUGACCGCCACUUGAAGGGAUAACACGCAAUAACAAACUGUAUUAGAAACGCAAAAUAGGCGCCAGUCGUCGAGUUGCGGAAAAUCGCCCGAACUACAAUACAAUACUGUAUUAGAAUGUGUUAAGGUUUACUUUAUAAAAGCUAAGGCGCCUUAAGAACCAGUAAUAAUCACCUAAUGUGUCUUCAGUGGUUCAUCUGUACAUAUAAGUAACAUAUCAGUUUGACUAGACUUAUAUUGACCGGGAUAUAGACCGUGAUUACCUUUUGUAUUAUUUGUGAGCUCCCGAUAUUUCGACGCAGUUACAUGCAUCAUGUUCACGGUCUAUAUCCCGGUCAAUAUAAGUCUAGUGAAACUAACCGUGAAUCAUUCAAAACUCAUAUCAGUUUGAAUAGUCUGGCAGACCAAUUUUGUCUGUAGAAAAAAAAAAACGCUAGCA